AUGUCCCAGGGAGGUGAAGCUAGCUCCCCUGUGGAAGCAGCUGGAAACCUGCCUGCGAGCCAGUUGCCGUGGCAGCAGAUUCCAGUCUUUGAUGCCCAGACUACGGACCUUCAAGUCUAUGCACGGAAGCUCCAGUUCCUGAAGGAGAUCUGGCCAACAGAGCAUUUAGCUCAACUCGCUCCUCGAGCGGCCUUGCAAGUGCAAGGGGUCGCAUUUCAGAAGGUGGCCCGCUUGGAUGCGGCCAAACUGAGAAGCGACAAUGGAGUCCAGUACCUGGUAGAGGCGCUUGGGGGACAAUGGGGAAAACUAGCAACCGAGGAGAAGUUAUCCCUGUUUGAGAAGGCGCUCUACCAGACCUCACAGAAGAGUGAUGAAUCAAAUGAUUCAUACUUAGCCAGACAUGACCUGGCUUUUGAAGACCUUGUUAGCAAAGGAGUGACGUUGGAAGAAGUGAGGGCCUAUGUCCUGAUCAGACAGUCACAACUACCAGCAGAAGAUAGGAAAAGAAUCGUGGUGGAGACCGGGGGCGACUUGACCUACACUCAAGCCAGAAAGUCAUUGAGGCUUCUGGGAUCCAGGUUCUUUCAAGAUCUUCAGGGAGGAUCCAGAAACAAUCGAUACAAGACUUAUGACACCAAUGUGAUGGAUUCACCAGAUGAAACCACUUUGAUGGCUGCUGAUUGGGAACUUUAUGAUGAGGAACAAGUGUUCCAGGCGAUGUACGAAGCCGGAGACGAAGAUGCCGCCUUCGUAGCCGACUUCGAGGAGAGCAUCGUGGACACCGUGCAGGAGUCCUCAGAAUUGGCAUCAUGCUACCACACCUACCUGGAAGCCCGCACCAGGCUUCGAGAACGUGCCAAGUUUCGAGGCUUCUGGGGAGUGACAACGCCGAACAAGGGCAAGGGCAAGAAAUCCAAGGGCUAUGGUGGAAAGCCAGGGGUGUUCAACAAGGGCAAGUCCUUGGCGGAGAAGAUCGCUACAUCGUCAUGUCGACGGUGUGGCCAGGUUGGCCAUUGGAAAAGAGAAUGCCCUCUUGCCCAAGGACAAGGAAAGGGGGAACCAAAAGGGAAAAGUCCAUCGGGGGAGACGAUCACACUGGCAGAGGCCUUGGUGACCUAUCCUCAUGACCAAGAUGAAGGAGACCACAAUGUGAACGAGAUGAUGAUGGAGCUCCCGGAGAAUGCCGAGAACAUAGGUGAAGACGGAGUCCCGGGUUUGAUUAAGAGUUUGGAAGGUAGGAAUCGGAGCGCACUCAGGGCAAUGGCACACGAGGCUUAUCUCCACGUCGACCUUUCGGGCGACGAGGACCCAGGCCUGAGCCAGGAUCAGAAAUACAUGAGUGUUCCCCACGAAGAGGAAUACAAAGUUCCGCCAGGGAUCAAAACACUGGAGCAGUGGGGUCAGCAGAAGUUUCCGUCAGGAAAGCAGCAGGGCAAAACGUUCUAUCAGGUCUUCAAGGAGGACGAUGGGUACCUGAUGCAGGUGAAAAACAGAAAGGCAGUGUCGCCAUGGAUGAGGAGCUUUCAGAACUACCUGAGGGCGAUGUGGAAACAUCGGUGCCGACAUCAGCAGAGACAGAACAUCGACCACACCAAGGACCCGAAGAUGGCCAAGGCAUUGCCCAAAGCAAGGACCUCACGAUCCAUGGGAACAAGCAGCCAGGGCAAGAUCGACGAGACCGAGUGGGAGAAGAUUUCAACGACGGAGAUGACAACAUCUCUCAAGCGCAGCCCAGCUCAGAUCGAGAAGGAGGAGAAUCAGCCCCGGAGCAUGCAGACCGAGCCCAACAAGAACAAGAUCGAGAUGAUUCAAACCCAAAUCGCAAUUCUCCAACGCGAACUGGCCAUCGAGACUCAGCUGCCCGAGGAAGUUUUAGAACUGCGGAAGUGUCGUAAGCGCCACGAUGGAAAGGGGCCUCCUACACCAGGGGAUAUUGCCUAUGACUUGGAGAAAACGAUUGGAGAUAGGGAAACCCUGAAAGAGGCCCUCAAAGUUUUGGAGCGGGGAGUACCUAGGGUGGGAAAUUCAUAUUGCUAUUUUGGGGACCCCCGAAUUGAAAAACUCCAAAGGCUGAUCCCUGAUGUAGAAAUUCGAGUGAUCCUGAUUUGCAGAGGCACCGAGCGCCAUCGCAUUCCAAGUCCCGACAUUUCAAGGGAUGAAAUCCCGCUGAGGAAAACCAUUUUUGUGCACCGUCAAACAGGGGAAAUUGUAGAGAUAGGACCCUUUGAGGAAUGGACCAAGUUGCCCAAAAUCCAACAAACCCGAAAAGCUGGACCCGCCAAGAUCUCAUUUAGCGUUUUUGGGAGACAUAGGAGGGAUGAGAGAGUUUUGAAUCCUGAUGUCGACAUGCAUGGGAUUGAGGGUCAUGAAGGAAUGUUGGACAGUUCCCAAGGGCUUUUAGAUGUUCCAAUGGCACCGAUCGAAGAAUCAGUGCGGUCCGAUCAAACAUUCCUGCCGGUGAUUCCACAGUCUGAGACGAUGGAAAAGGGAUGGCCCCCAAAGUUGGUCCCAGUUCAUGGGCCUGCAUUUUUGAAGUUGGAUCCGCGGCAGCAAUCAGAUUUGCGGCGUUUGCACCAUAAUUUGGGUCACUCGGAUCCAGCACGUCUCCAUCGACUGUUAGUGAGUCAAGGAGCCGAACAGGAUGUAGCAGCAGGGGCCCUGGACAUGCAAUGUGAUGUUUGUCUGGAAACUCAACCAAAACCCAAAUUGGCAAACCCUGGAACAAUUCAUGGGGAUAUGGAUUUUAAUGAUGUUAUUGGGGCUGAUGGUGCUUAUUGGAAGUCAGGGUUGGGUCAUACCUAUCACUUCAUGCACUUUAUCGAUGAGAGCACGUUGUUUCAUGUUGGACAGUUGAGUGGACGGACAACAGAAGAACAAAUUGCAACUUUUGAACAAGCAUGGCUUCAAUGGGCUGGACCCUGUAAAACCCUCUACUUGGAUCCCGCUGGAGAGUAUGUGAGUCCAAAAUGGAAUCAAUACCUCCAGAAGGAAAACAUCAGAGUAGUCAUGGCAGCUGGAGAUAGCCACUGGCAAAUCGGAAGGGCUGAAAUUCAUGGCAAAAUUGUAAAAGAUAUGUUGACUCGCAUGGACAAGGAAGAGCCCAUUCAGAGCGUAGGGGAAUUCCAGCGUUGUCUUCGCCAAGUUUUUGCUGCCAAAAAUUCCCUUUCGAGGGCCAAGGGCUUCACACCAGAACAGGCAUUGCUUGGAAAAGCAAGGAGCCUUCCAGCGUCGUUGACUUCAGAUGAGGACAGUGGUGCACAUGUUUUGGCUGAAAGUGAAACCCCCGAAGGAGUUUUGUUUAGAAGGAAUUUGCUUCGCCGGGAACAAGCUCGAAAGGCUUUCAUCCAAGCAGACAACGACAGUGCUUGUCGAAGAGCUCUUCUUCGCCGUAGCCGUCCCGGAACGGUUGAAUUCGAGAAAGGGGACUGGGUGCUAUACUGGAAGAAAAUCCCUGGAAACCCAAGAGGGGCAAAAGGCCUAGGAGUUCCGGUCCCGGAAGAUGAUGAAAGUGAUGAUGGACUCUAUAGUUUUGGGGAUGAUGUCGAGGGUCCUCCAAAUAAACCUGGGGUGUGGGAAAUUCAAGUUCAUGAGACCUUUGAAGAACCACCUGCGAGUGAUGCGGCCAAGAAUGAACAAGCCGAGUUUAUUCUUCUGGCGACAAUGGCCAAAAAGCAGCGCGUAGAAGUCCAGUGGAAAGAACUUGACGAGGAAAGCCGAAAAUUGUUUCAAAAGGCAAAAGACAAAGAAGUCAAAGCCUGGAUCGACCACGGCACCGUCAAGAAACUGGCGAAAGGAUCGUUGCCAGCCAAUCGCAUCAUGCGAUGCCGGUGGAUUUUAAGUUGGAAACCACCUCUCCCGGAUACAGUGGAAUACCGUCCCAAAGCAAGGUUGGUAAUUUUGGGUUUUGAGGAUCCAGACAUUUCAGUGGUUCCCAACGAUGCUCCAACCUUAAGUAAGGUCUCCAAAAUGGGGAACAGUGCGGCCUUGAAGGAGGCGCAUAUGGACGAAUCGAUGGACCCUAUCUUUGGUACCAGGCAACUUUGCGGAUCCUUACAGUAUGCAGCUGUACAGACCAGACCGGAUAUCUGCGCAAAGGUUGCUUUCUGUGGUUUUUCAGAUGCCUCCUUUGAGACCAAGAAGGGUGUUUCGUCCAGACAGGGGACCAUUAUUUUCACCACCAAUGGCAUGAUGGCCGAGAACCAGCUCUCCGUAAUUUGUCCAAUCGGAUCUUGCGGCCGCAACUUUCAUUUGCCGGCCUUCAUUUGCGCCGGGGCUCAUCAGGCGGUGGGAGGGAGUGGCAAUCUUGAGCAGGACACCCCAGUGCUCUACGACUCGGACGUGGAGGGCCUGGCCCGAGAGCUCUUCGAGUCGAUGCCCAAGGCGUCAGAGGAGGCACAACUGAGCCUGGACCGUGAUUGCAGCCUAAACUUCCUGAGCAACACUACGGUCAACCUCUCAAAGGAGGAACUUCCCCUUGGAGUGGUUCAUGAGGCCUUUCUGCCCCUGGCCGAAUGGAGCACGUUGGUGGAGAGGCGUCAGGCGCUGGUCAACAAGAUCAACAGCUGCUCGGCACAGCACCGGUUCUGGUGGAGCCCCGGUGGAUUUUUUGAUGGUUGUUUGAUGGUUGUUUGA